AUGCUGUGGUCUCCAGCUCCGUCGCAAUGCGCACGUGGCUAUAUCAGAACUUCUCAAAAGUUCAGAAUACGCCCACUGUACGCAGCACGUGCGGCAGCCAUUCUACGACGACAUUAUGCCACUACAAAUAAUCAAUCCUCUAUUCCUGGUACCUUUGAAACUCGAAAAUUAACGCUUGUGCGGGACGCGAGUGCGAGAUAUAAUGAUAUUGGUGUACAACAAUUGAGCGACUAUGUUCAUCCGCAAGUUUUCCCUGCGGGUGCCACGUUACCACGACCGGAUCUGGUGGAAUUGGCGAAAGACCAUCUGCGCAGGCAUGAAUUACUGGGCAAAAACCAAGAUGGUUCCUCGCCUAUUGGAUUCGACAUCCCUUCCAUACAUGGCUCGUCCAUGGACGAACACUUCACGAGACUAGGCAUGCAUGCCUCGGAGCCAUACCUCUCUCAAGCGAAGACGUUCGUUUGUUCGAAUACACCCACGAGACCACGCAAAUGGGUCAUAAGAAGCGGUUGGACAAAGUAUAAUCCGGACAUGACAACCGAACAAGUGGACGCACCAGACGAGACGAUGCUUUCUUUCGAUGUGGAAACAAUGUGGAAGGAAACUCCAUUCGCCGUUAUGGCGACAGCGGCCAGUCCCAAUGCUUGGUACGCAUGGAUUUCUCCUUGGUUGUUAAGAGAAACAGAGAAUCCUCGGCAGCUUAUACCUUUGGGAGAUCCAACCAAGCCUCGAAUCGUCGUUGGCCACAAUAUCGGUUACGACAGAGCCAGGGUGAAGGAAGAGUACGAUCUCAAGCAGUCAAACAAUUUCUUUCUUGAUACAAUGUCUCUUCAUGUGGCUGUGAAUGGGAUGUGCUCAGGGCAGCGACCCACUUGGAUGAAACACAAGAAGAACCGAGACUUGCGGGACAAGAUGGCAGGCGACAACACCUCCUUUGAGCUUCAAACCAUGCUAGAGAACAAGAUGCUCAGCGAAGAGGAAGAGGAACUAUGGGUCGGAAGAAGUUCACUUAAUUCCUUGCGUGACGUUGCUAAAUUUCACUGCGGCGUCACUAUCGACAAGACACAGAGAGACUUCUUUGGCGAACUUGAUCGAGAUGGAAUCUGUGAGAGAAUUGAAGAACUGCUAGACUACUGUGCUGCUGAUGUCUCCAUCACACAUCGAGUUUUCCAGAGGGUCUUCCCCAAUUUUCUCGAAACGUGCCCACAUCCUGUCAGCUUUGCCGCGCUCCGACAUCUUUCCUCCGUUAUCUUGCCGGUCAAUGAGACAUGGGACGAAUAUCUGGAGAAUGCGGAAAAUACUUACCAACAACGUCUGAAAGAUGUCGAGCAGAGGCUUGUUCAGCUGUCUGAUAAGGCUCUCGAAGUUAAAACACAACCCGAGAUUUACGAGAACGAUCCAUGGCUAAGUCAACUAGAUUGGACCGGGCAAGAGAUCAAGUACAAAAAGGCGAAGAAGAAGGAUGAGAAACCGGUACCUGUCGCUCGACAGAAGAAACCAGGAGCUCCAAACUGGUAUAAAGAUUUGUUCGUUUCGAGUAAUUCUCCAAUAAAUUUGACAGUACGAACAAGAAUCGCCCCACUUCUACUGAAGUUGACCUGGGACGGUCAUCCACUAGUGUGGUCCACCAAGAACGGUUGGACUUUCCGUGUAUCACAUAAAGAGGCUGAGAAGUACGAGAACAGCAAUGCUGUCAGAUGUGAUUUCACUGAUGAGGUAGCUGACACAAAGCUGGCCAUGGACUACAAAAACGUCUACUACAAAGUUCCGCACAAGGAUGGGCCUACCGCUCGUUGUUCGACGCCACUGGCGAAAGGCUAUCUGCAAUACUUUGAAGCUGGGAUCUUAUCAUCGGAGUUUUCACUAGCAAGGGAAGCCUUGGAAAUGAAUGCAUCAUGCUCUUACUGGAUCUCCGCUCGAGAUCGUAUCAAAUCACAGAUGGUUGUGCGAGAACACGAUCGAGACCCCAGCUUGCUUGGGAAAUCAGAUCAAGGUUUCAUUCUACCUCAGGUCAUACCUAUGGGUACUAUAACUCGACGUGCAGUGGAAAAUACCUGGCUCACCGCCUCAAAUGCUAAGGCAAACAGAGUUGGCUCUGAGCUGAAAGCCAUGGUCAAAGCCCCCAAAGGUUAUUCCUUUGUUGGAGCAGAUGUUGAUAGUGAAGAAUUGUGGAUUGCUUCUCUGGUCGGAGAUGCACAAUUCCAGCUCCACGGUGGCAAUGCCAUUGGAUUCAUGACCCUGGAGGGCACAAAGGCAGCAGGCACUGAUUUGCACUCGAAAACUGCGAAGAUCCUGGGAAUCUCUCGAAAUGAUGCCAAGGUGUUUAACUAUGGUCGUAUUUAUGGUGCUGGAUUGAAAUUCGCCGCUACUCUACUAAGACAGUUCAAUCCUAGUCUCACGGAGAAGGAAACAUCGGAAACUGCUUCAACAUUGUACAAAGAGACCAAAGGCACGCGUACCAGACGUAAGGCUCUAGGUAGCGGCACCUUUUGGAGAGGCGGUACAGAGUCCUUCGUGUUCAACAAGCUUGAAGAAUUUGCGGAACAAGAACGGCCACGAACCCCAGUCCUUGGAGCUGGUAUAACGGAGGCUCUAAUGAGACGUUUCAUCAAUCAAGGAUCAUUCAUGACUUCACGGAUCAACUGGGCAAUCCAGUCUUCAGGAGUUGAUUAUUUGCAUUUGCUCAUUAUUAGCAUGGACUUCCUCAUCAGAAGAUUUAAUCUCGACGCUCGUUUGGCCAUCACAGUUCACGACGAGAUCCGGUACCUCGUCAAAAAUGAAGACCGAUAUAAAGCGGCACUUGCCCUGCAAGUCAGCAACCUAUGGACGAGAGCUAUGUUCAGUCAGCAGAUGGGGAUCGAUGAUCUUCCACAGUCAUGUGCUUUCUUUUCCGCAGUUGAUAUCGAUCAUGUCUUUCGAAAGGAAGUCGACAUGGACUGUAUUACACCAAGCCAUCCCAAUAAAAUCCCACAUGGUGAAAGCUUGGACAUUACUCAGCUUCUGGCCAAAGGAGAGGAGGCAUUCCUUGACCCAGAGACCGUUCCGAAACAAGGCCCAAUUGAAUUGGAAAAGUUUCCCUACACUCCACGUCAGACUGUCAUGUCAGCUCUUAAUGCUUCAGAUGAUGUCACUUAUAUCCGAGCCCAAAUCGCAGAUUCCGAUAAAGAACUGAAGGAUAUUAUCAAAGAUUCGGAGAAAGACUCCCUCAAAUCCUCGACCACCACCAAAUCUUCCACCAAAGCGAAAUCUUCAUCUGGAGAGAAACCCUCUAGUACCACUACUCCCUCGCGACGUGGUCGCCGCCCGAAACCCAAGGUGCCCAUUCCCCCACAUGCACAGCCGCAACGAGCGAUGUUGAUGGAAGUCGAGGACCGCUGGGACUUGGGGUACAAGCGCGCAUUUGCCAACAGUACUAGCGCUCAGCAUGGGCACAGCAAGCCAUGGAUGACGCCUAAUCAGCAGUGGAACAACAAAUGGGCGUCCGACGGCUGGGAGGUGUAG